CACCACUUGCGCAUGCUCAACAAGGCGAGUCUGUCUGGUUUGUGGGCUUGUCGCAAUGUCCUCCUACUCGUCCCUCCUCUCCGUGAGUCCCGGCGAGCAGAUCGGUGGGUAUGCGGAUGGAGGUGACCACGACGACAUGGCCGCCGCCGCCAACUACCUAUCAUCAUUCUGCUUUGAUUUCGGCGAGGAGUAUUAUUCCCUGGCGGAGGCAGCAACAGCCUCCUACCCCUUGCACGCACAGCAGCAGCAGCCGCCAACCCAGGCCGACAGCCACCAUAGCGGCAAAGCAGCAAGUACUACUAGUAGUUCACAAGGACUCGACAAUAUCAAUACGAGCUUGACGAGCAGCGACGCGAGGAGCAAAGGCAGCAAGAUCGCGUUCAAGACGAGGUCGGAGAUGGAGGUGCUGGACGACGGGUACCGGUGGAGGAAGUACGGCAAGAAGAUGGUCAAGAACAGCCCAAACCCAAGGAACUACUACCGUUGCUCCAGCGAGGGGUGCCGCGUGAAGAAGCGGGUGGGGCGGGAUCGCGAUGACGAGCGCUUCGUCAUCACCACCUACGACGGCGUCCACGACCACCUUGCGCCACUGCCGCCGCGGGGAUGUGCCGGAUACUCGCUAUCGCUCGCGCAGACGCGCGUGGACGAGGGGUCGUCGCCGCUACCCGUGCAAGGGCGCCGUUGCUUUCUUGACACCAUGAAGAUGCACGCCGCCGGUAGCCAGCAGGGCUGCACACCCGUGCCCCAGCCGCGCAAGCUAGAGCGUGAUAACUGACAAUUGACAUGUCCAGGAUAUUAUGUGAGACUAUUUUCUCGAGAACAGGAUAUUAUGUGAUACUGAUUAAUGUACUUUACUUGUAAUUAAUACCGCAAUCUUUAUCUUUUUUGGUACGAGGCACCUUAUUACUUAGGCCUAAUUGGUACUACCUCCGUCCCAAAAUACUUGUUA